GAGGCCACGAGGUUUGGUUGCACACGGGCUGCAGUUUCAGUUUGUUUUAUUCACCAUUUUGAGUAGCUGAGGGUAAAAAAAAAUUUUUUUAAAGAAGAUUUGCGUUUGGCGGACGAGACGCCUCCGUACUUUUAUUUUCACGCGCUAGCUCGGACGGCGGAGUUGUGCGCCAAGCUCGCUCCCGUCGGUGUUUUGCAGAGCGGGAACCGAUAUAUACAUUCUUUGCCUGUGCUGCUGCUGCUGCUUCUCCUCCCCCCCCUCCCUCUUCUUUCUUACAUCCCUAACCUCUACAGUAUUCCUGCAAAAUGUCAAGACCAGUGAGGAACAGGAAAGUGGUGAACUACUCACAAUUCAACGAGUCCGAUGAUGCAGAUGAGGAGUACGGCGAGAAUAAGCCCAAGAAGGUGCGCGCCCCCCCUCGUGAGCCCAAGCACAAGCGCUCAAAGAACUCGCAGGAGGACAGUGAGGAGUCUGAUGAGAAGCUAACCAAGCCCAAAAAUGAAUCGGCAGACGACUUUGGCAGCGAUGAGGAGGACAACGACUUUGGAGAGGAGGAAGAGGAGGAGGAGGAAGACGGGGGAAGCGACUACGAAGAAAAGAAAGGGAAAAAGGCAAAGAAAGCCAAGGUGGAGAAGCCCGCUAAGAGGGGGCCCAAGAGAAAACGGCCUGCAGAUGACAGCGACGACGAGAAGGAAGUGAGUCGAAAGCGCACCGUGCGCCAGGCGGCCUCCAAAGCCGUGUCCAAACAGAGGGAGAUCCUGCUGGGCGACGGCGGCAGCGAGGACGAGGAGCACGAAGACCAAGAGGAGCCCUACAACGACCCUGACGAGUCCGGCAGCGACGAGGACUUCACGGUGGAGGACGACGACGACAGCGACUACGGCCGCUCCAAGAAGAGGGGCAAGAAGGUGAUCCGACGGGGGCGACCGGACAAGAAGGAGAAGAAAAGCCCCAAGCCCCGACUAAAGGCCACAGUGACCCCCAGCCCAAUGAAGGGGAAGGGCAAGGGGCGCUCUAGCGCCAAGGCCCCGGAGAAGAGCUCACCCAAAGAAGAGGAAGAGGAGGACCCCGAGAGUCCCCUAGAGGAGGAGGAAGAGGAGGCGGCAGAGAAGAAGGAGACCUCCCCCGCCCCCAAGACGACGAAGGAGGCCGGCGGGGGAGACGAGGAGGAGGAGGACGAAGAGGAGGAGGACGGCUCAGAAGAGGAGGCGCCCUCUGGAGAAGACUAGAGGACGGACCCCGCUGACGCCCAUCCUCCACGUCUCUUCUCAAACCUUUUUGCUUUCUUCCGUUGCUCUGCGUUUAGAAUAUCUCUCGUUUUGUUUUCCUCUCCUGGUGGCCUGGCUCAAUGGUUUGGACUUGGUGUGCCCCCCCAACCCCACCCCACCCCUCUCCCCUUUUUGCCCCCGGUACCCCGGCGUUGUUAUUCUCAUUCUGCGUUCUUCCCCCACAGCUCAGUGCUGGUGAGCAUCCGUCCUGAGUGAACAAAACCACUUCCCUCCUCGUUUGUUUGUUUUCUCCGUGAGCUGACGCGGCGCCGCGCGUACGCCGCCGAUGGGCGCGCCUGCCGGGGGGGCGGGGGUGUUUUACCCGAGGGCUCUCCCUUGUAUCCGAUGAGCGAAGCGUUAAGCCUUUAAGCCUCUCUUUUGGUACCCAGUGCUUUUUUUAAAACCAGGAGCCCGUUGGAACGCGUUGGCUCGGUGGUUAUUUUAAAACCAUUUCUUUUCCGUUCCUUUAACUUUAAACGAGUUCCGAGGUCCCCCGCUCGUUCCCGGCCGUCUUGGUGCUGAGCUGUCGUCGUGCCGCUGCCUCGUACAUCCGUUGGAUCCGUUUUGCAGGCGUGCUGUGUGGACUGGCGGACUGGCGGGCCGCCACUAUCGCACGUUUCAAGCCGGCAUGUGUGUUUUUAUGUACUCGUAUUAUGAAUUUGUAUGCUUGUAAAGAGGUCUGGCUUUAAUUUUAUUUUCUCUCUCAGCACAUCUGCUGCCUGUGUUGAAGCGUUUCUGAUGCUGUAUGUCAGGCUUUCUUAACGCCGCGCCAUUGCUACGUGAAGCAACCCCCCCCCCCCACUUCAGAAACACACGACCCCCCCUACCUCCCUGCAUGGUUACAGCAUCUUCUCAGCAUUCAACCCCUUGUGCCAGGCACCCCUAAAUCUUUUUUUUAUUAUGAUUUUGAAGAAAUGCAGGAAGAGAUGUUUCUUUUGUUUCCUUUCUUUGUUUUGUUUUUGAGAGCUCGAGAAAAAAAAAAUGAAUGUUUUUUUUCCCUGUCAGUUCAUUGUUUUAAUUCUCUAUUCAGAUUUUUUUUGUAAUGUUUGUUUUUUAAGAAAAGAAAUAAAAUGUAUCUUGAUUUUAAAGAAAAAAAGUUGACCAUAUCUAAUCUGUUCUGCCCUUUAUUUACCAUGGUCCUUUAAACCCCCCCCCGCCCCCUCGCCUCCCCACAACAUAGAGGUCUAGUAGGCAGCUGAGCACAGACCCGGCAUUUGUUUUUCGAUGUACCUUCAUAUUCGUUAGUGGCUCGUCAGCGACUCUGAUAAACAGACCACCCGAAGCCAUAAAAGAUCUCAAAACUAGUGACUCUGCGAUCAGGUGGAGAAUGUCCCUUUUUCUAUUUUUGUUUUUGAUAAAUACUUUUUUGAAGUCCAAAAAUAAAGAAGAAAAAAAAAGAUGAGACGAAGCUUCUAUUGUGACCGCGGGAACUUUAAUAAAUGCAUUUAUUUAGGCGUCGUUCAGUAGAAACUCCCCAUUCGUCCUGUGGCCGCAAAUCCAUCCUGAACCGAGUCCUUAAUGCAGAAGCACAUUCAAUUCUCCUACAACGGUCGUCAGCAGCUUAGUGGGUUUUUCUACGUCCAGGUCCUGAACUGCCACCAAAUCGUUGAUGUCAAUUUAUUAUGAUUGGAAAUCAAUUGGAAAUCGUGUAAAGCUCAGGGAGCUCUGUUGGAGUAGGACCAGAUACCGGCCUGUAGGUGGCGGCGCUGAGGGCUUGAAAGAGGUUCCGCUCCAUCAUCCCACAGGAGGCACAAGGCUGCGAAUUUCUCCUCUUCAUCCACUCAAAGGAUUCUUCUGUUCUACUGUUUGUGAUGUGUUUUGUUUUUCUACCUUCUGCUGUUCUGGCAAUGUUAAUGUAAGCCAAGUUGUGAUUGUUACACAAGACCGAGAGGAGAAGCUUUUGUCAGUAGCGCGGAGCGGGAACGCUCAACUUGAAUCUUUUGCAUGUUGUGGGAAGAAAAGUGCGACGCAAUGACGACACCGUCUUGGCAAUAUUGUCGUCUUACAAAAAAAGAAAACACGUAUUACCAACAACAAUGUUGAUGUCUUUGUUUUCCAGCUUCUAAUAAAGGCAACUUACUUUU